UAGGUUCAGUCAAGCGCAUCUACAAACAAAAGCAGCUGCAAUUUUAGAUUACAAGCGAGUAGUAGCAGUUUAGUUUAAGCUUGUGUUAAUCAAAUUUUAAAAAAAGAAUUGAUGGAAUUAUACGGCGAAGAUUAAGUGGUGCAAAAAUUAAACAUAGCUAGCCAUGCAUCGUCUCGUUGAUAUUUGUUGUUUGUUGUCCAUUUUAACCGCGUUCAUAUCUUGCAACCCUACUUCAUUUGAAAGACCCAAGAGACAAAAUGGAAAUUCGGAUUACGAAUUAAUGCAAAGGUACUGGAGGGAAGUUUUACCACUUGGUUUCUUUAUCAACAAUGGUGCAGCUGAAACAGGAGAUAAUACCGCCGCUGUUAGUGUCCGUGACAAAAUCGAGCGUCUAGAAUCAGAAGGCAGCGGUGACGUACGGCGUGACGAUAUUGCCAGACCAACACCAUCUAUUACAAUACAAAACGAUAAAAAAGCUACUGUUAAUAACGAAAAAAUUAGCACGGAGGAGAGUGGUAAAUUGGCCGCAAAAAUUGAAAAAGGAGGAGACUCCGCUGGAGAAGACAAGAAAGCUGAUCCUGGUGACAAAAAGACGGUGCGAACAACUGUCACAUGUCAGGGUCAAAAAGAAUGGUUACAGUGUGAUGGACCAUACGAAUUAAUAAAAAUAAAAAACGCAUUUUGGGGUCGCGAUAAUGAUUACACGUGUACGAAAAGUGGCGUAACGCAUGGACUUAAGACGGAUAAAAAUUGUGCGCAGGAUGAAUCGAACACGAUGACAAAAGUCCAAGAGGCGUGUGAUAACGAGAACGUGUGUGAAGUGGUGGCUUCUGGGAUAUAUUUUGAUAAAGCAGACUGCUCGGACGUAUACAAAUUUUUAAGGAUGGAUUGGGAGUGUGCUCCAAGUGAGUCGAGAAUAAAAGAAUCUGUCAGUUAGGUAUAUAUAUACUCAUAUAUAAACUAAAAUGCACCGAACACAAAUACAACUAAAAAUUAUCCAAAUGCAGCGAGCUUUUUUUGUCAUGUGAUCUGUUCUGAUUUAUUUAAUUUUUGACGAUUUUAUUAAUAUAUGAAGCAUCUUACAUACAUGACAAAAUUUAUCUGUACGUUCAAACAACAACAGUAACAACAAAAGAAUUCAAAACAACAUAUUUUGUUCAGUUAGAUCAUACCCACCGAAGUAGCUACCACGGCUUGUAGUGUUUUUUUAUUUGGAGUAGAGAUAUUUCCAUGCGAGCAAAAUGCAUUUUCUUCCUCACAAUGUCAUACAUCUUUUCUGGUGUCAGAAUUAGAUUUGUCUCAAAAAUUCAUGAAAUUUUUACAUGAGAAUUUAAUUUUUUUUAUUUUAUUUUUUUCGACUUAUUUUCUUAAUUCUCUUUGACCCUCUUUCCGGUAGGAAUAUAUCUCUUAUAAAUGUAAUUUUAACUCUACGAAAAAUCCAGUUACUCGCUCUUUUACUCGCUUUAUAUGGAAUACGAUGAAAAGUUGUUUUCUUAAAUCAGACCACUGAAAGUUGUUUCGUAAAAACCAGUACAACGUUUCCCUCUUAUCUUCGUCAACUUCGUUUGUCUUGCUUAUCAUAAAAAUUAUUUUCCCCUUUCUCGCUUAUUCAAACUCUCUUUAUAUGCAUUACACUGUAAUUAAUAAUAAUUCUUUGUGUAGAUAGUUGCAUAUCUUUGUUAUUUGGAAAUUUUGACCAGAUCAGAGAGAGAUUUGGUUUUUGUUAUUGUUGUAAGUUUUAUUCUUUUAGGAGAGAAAUAUUUUUCGAUGUAUUACUUUCUACUUCAUAAUAACAGUUAAAAUAAAAGAAGCAUUUGCAUUUGUA